GAGAGAGAGAGGGAGAGAGAGAAGCAAGUAUUGUUCAGAGAGAAAUCUACGCUAUGGCGACCGACGGAGAAGAAUCCACUACCAUGGCGACGAAGCAGAAGAAGCUGUCCGUGGGAGAUUAUCUCGGUUUCAUUGAAGACCGCACUCUUGAUCUUACCGUCUCCCAGCUCGCUCAGUUUUAUUGCUCUUGUGUUGGUGUCAUUGGCUGCUUCUCAUAGAAAUAUCUGUUUAGGGUCUACUGGGGACACAAGCUUAAGGCUGGAGGAGGUGAUAAAGGACCUCAAAGACCUGAACUGGCAGGAGUGCCACAUCACCUCUCUGCUGACCGUGCCUGAAUCCUCGGUUACACGGAAAAGAGACAACGGGUCGAGGAAGAAGCCGACUAAGAGCGGAGGUGGAGAUUCUGUUAUUUCGGGUGGUACAACUACUGCUGCAGAGAGUACCACAGAGGGUUUGGUGAAUCCAGGAGCGUCGGUUAAUCGGAAAAGAGCCAAGGGAAAGAAAGCGACUAAGACCAGAUCUAUUGAGGCAAUUAAUUCGGAAGGUGCGAUUGUUGGUGCAGAGAGUACUACCGAGGAUUUGGUGUAUCCAGGGAGUCCCUUGGCCGUAAGGCACCCUACUUCCCCACCAAUAGCGCAUCUUGUGGAUGAGUACCGCAAACGCCACCGUUCGGAAAACGUAAAAAGGAAUUCGGAAUUUGUGUCGAUACUUUUUGUGAACUUUGAAUUUCUGGCUGAAGAUCGUAAAAUUGCGACAGUGGGUACCACUAGCUUUCUAAUA